AUCAGCAGACGCGUUUAUAUGAACACUGUGGCUUUAGUGUCCACGCACUGUCCUCAGAUCAGCAGAUCUACUUCACUAUUGAUCCGCAACGGACUUCGGACUGACAAACACAAGCGUUUCCCUCAGAACAUGUGUGAAGAACCGAACAUGUGUGGAGUCUGAGUCCUGGAGAAGAACCAGCCGAAUCAGGACCGACGGAACCGAAGAUGAACCCGCGAUAACGGUUCGGUCGAUGAUGGAGCUCGGAAACGGGUUCACAAAGGAUCCGAAUCAAGACUGCGACACCAACCCAGAAUCGCGCGCCGAUCCGGAUCCGUCCCAUAAAAGGAGGAGCUUCCCGAAAUGGCUGAUUGGCCUCAUCUUCCUCAUCAUCAUCUUCAUCUCGGCUGGGUCUGCAUGUGUUAUCUGGUACUUUCUGGAGUACAGGGUCUGGGUGCUGGAGCCGCGGGUGAUUCAACAGUACACGGCCAGUGUUUCCAUCCUGAAUAAGAACUUCUCUGUGAGCCUGACCAGUCAUGAGAGCUCAGAGUUCAGAGCCGAGGCGACGUCUGUGCAGAACAUGGUUGAGAAGCUUGUGAAGUCCACAGAUCUGUCCAGAUACUUCAACUCCACAGCGGUCUUCGCCUUUGGGGAGGGCAGCGUCGUGGCUCAUUUCUGGCUGCGCCUGUCGGUUCCCGUCAGUCGUGUGGAGACGGUGAGCGUGGCGAGACUGAACGAGAGUGUGUUCAGAGAGCUCCAGCGCUUCACCGACGCUCAGCAGAUCUGCAGAUACGAGGGUUUCCAGCUGCUGAUGCCGUCGCUCAGCAUCACCGAAACCAGCCCCAAAGUUAUAGAUCUUUUUCAAGCCACUUUUGACUGUCACUGCUACACGUCUCUGCUGUCCACGGAGCCCGUGCUCCUCGAGGGCCCGAACACCCAGAGGUCCUCGUGUCUGUGGCACCUCAGGGCCCCUGUGGGAUCCCGGCUCGAGCUCCGGGUCGAGUGGCUCCUGGCCGAGUGUCGGGACCGGCUGAUCAUCUACGACUCGGUCACGCCGGCUGACUCUCGGCUCAUCACCUCCCUGUAUGGAUGCAGUCGGUAUGAGAAGACGGUGCAGCUUCUGUCGUCUGCCGACUGGAUGACGGUGGUUUGGAAACAGGGUCUGUACAAUUACAAGGAUCCGUUCUCUCUGAGCGCUCGGGCCUGGCCGGAUCAGGAUUGCUCCUACAGUGUUGUGCUAGAGGAGAAAGACGGCGUCCAGGGGAUUUUACGGACCCCCUUCUACCCUGGUUACUACCCCCCCGACACCAACUGCACCUGGACCUUCACUGUGCCAUCGGUAGAGUUCGGUCUGGCCUUGUUCUUUGAAGGAUAUGAGCUGAACCGGGCGAGUUACAGCCAGACCUGCACACAGGGCCGAUGGAGCAUCCAGAACCGCAGGCUGUGUGGCGUCCGAGGGCUGCAACCGUACGCCGAGCGGAUCUUCCUGAUGUCCUCCAGCGUCACGGUGUCCAUGAGGUCCGAGGUGUCGCUCACCGGCCCGGGCCUUCAGGUCCACUACAGCAUCUUCAACCAGUCCGAUCCUUGUCCCGGUCAGGUGCUCUGCAGCAUUAACGGUCUGUGUGUGCCGGCGUGUGAUGGGAUAUCAGACUGCGCUAACGGACUGGAUGAGAGAAACUGCGUGUGUAUCGCUCAGUUCCAGUGCUCAGAGGACAGUCAGUGUGUCGACUACUAUAAAGUGUGUGACCAGCACCAAGACUGCAUUGAUGGCAGUGAUGAGGACAACUGCACACAUGGUGUACCAUGUUCUGAUAUGACGUAUGUAUGUGGAGAUGGAACGUGUCUGAAGAAGCCAAACCCAGAAUGCGACUUCAUCACAGACUGUCCUGAUGAAUCUGACGAGAAAUACUGUGACUGUGGACUGAGGCCCUUCAGCAGUCGUGUGGUGGGCGGGGCCGAGGCCGAGGAGGGGGAGUGGCCAUGGCAGGCCAGCCUGCAGAUCAGUGGCCGGCACAUAUGCGGGGGGGCUUUAGUCUCCGCCCAGUGGGUGGUGUCCGCGGCUCACUGUUUCUAUGACGACAGGUUCUUCUCCCCGUCGGUGUGGAUCAUCUACCUGGGGAAGCUCCGGCUGGACGGCAGCAGUCAGUCCGAGGAGGCGGUGCGAGUGUCACACAUUCACCUGCAUCACUACUACGAGGACGAGACGCACGACUACGACGUGGCGCUGCUGCGGCUGGUUCGGCCCGUGUGGUCGAGCACUUUAGCUCAUCCCGUCUGCCUUCCGCCCGCGACCCACCAGCUGGAGGCCGACCUGCUGUGCUGGGUCACGGGAUGGGGCGCGCUUCGAGAGGGAGGUACGGCACCCACAAACACAUCAGCCAGUCGAUACACACGCUACACUUUUACUAAUAAAGGUUCCAGAAGGGGGUUUUGCAGCGAUGCCAUGAAACUGAAGAGCUUGCAGGGGCGGGGCUUGAUUUUAAUUAUCAGCUGUUGA